AUGAUGGCCUCCAUGAUCCUGCUGUUCUUCAGCCUGACCUGCUGUGUCCAUGGUAAGUUGACUCAAAUGAUUUUAACGGGUACUAACAGGUCCGGUGGUUCCCCUUUAGGGCGGAGAACUUUUAAUCCUAGGUGUCCAAAAAACAAAGUCACAUUUGGACUUCAAAUUUGGUCUCUGAAAUGAAACUUGAAGAGUCACUUUUUAAUUACAGCUUCAAGAGUUUUCAUUGGUCCAACCUAACGAGAACUUCCAUCUAACACUAAUGCUGCGUUCUAGUUCCCUCGUAAGUCAGAUGUCGGGGCUGGAAAUGACGUUAUACCCGAUUUGACAGCGUUCCAGUUACCAAGUCGGAAAACCAAGAUCGAUAGUUACCCGUUGUCAGUUGUUGUUAGGAGUUGUUGGCGGUUGUUAGUUGUCGUUAGCUCUACCAGUUGUAAACAACGAACACAGUGUUUUACUCUUACAAACACCACAGCACCGUGUUCACAGUUAGACGUUGGGCAGUACAACAUGAAACAUUAUGAGAGUUAUUGUUACUCUUUACUGUUGAUGCACUGUGCUGCCAUCUUGGAUUAUGGCGUUGUCGUCAAGUCGGGGUUGGUGAGGAUCGUCCAACUCUCAGAGUCGGGAAUCCAAAUUCAGGGGGGCGUUCCAGAUGAAUUUCCGACUUGGAGCUCGGACAUCCCGACUUCUGAAUACAACUGGAACGCAGCAUUAAACUCAUACCUCACAAAGAUGGAGGAACUCUGUGAUCCGAUAAACGGCUGUAGCUUCACAAUGAAACACUUCAACAUUCAGAGCUGGUUGUUUUUCUGCUCCUCUCUGUCUCCUCUACAGGAACAGUUGUGGUCAACGUGGCUCACAGCUCCUAUCAAGCAGAGGAGAACCAGGACCUCACCCUGGAGUGGACCUUCACUCCUAAACCUCAGAGCUCUCUGAAAGAUCUCUUUAUCAUCUGUGACUUUUUGACUGACCAGAAAGACUUGGUCCUGUUUUAUCUUCGUGAAGGAGUGGAGGUCCCACAGAAGGAUGGAGACUUUUCAGGACGAGUCCAGUGGGACAAAGAGGUCCUCAGAGAGGGAAGGAUCAGACUUAAUGUGUCUUCACUCAGGACCGAAGACUCAGGCUGGUACGCCUGUAAUGUGAAGACGGAUAUCGGUGGAAACCUCCGUCUGUGCCGCGUCACAGUGACGGGUGAGUCGAUUUAGUAAAACUGGAGCUAAAAAUGAGAAAGUAGAGGAAUAAAAAAAUAUAAUGAACUGACACAAACUACAAUCUUUAUUGACUUUAUUGAGGAAUGUGGCAGUGAUUCCGAGCCCAUGCAGCAACUCCCACAAUGGAGUCAUGUCUGUUUCUCAUGCGGCGCUGCCCAGAAGAUCUUUGUACAGACAUUUCUCCAGAAUCCAGAUAAUAACAAAGUCUCUGUUUGUCUCCUUCCAGCAGCCAAGAACCAGAACAGAUCUGAGAGAGAAGCAGAAAGUCCAGACAUAGUGAUGUGGGGAUGGACAGACUUCCUCACUCAAGUGGGAAUGAUAGCAGGAGUUGCUGCGGUGCUCUUUGCUCUUUGCCUUUAUAUCUCUCGCUCUUUUCCUGGUUGUGGCCGUGGUCGUGUAGUAGUACAUGUGAUUGAUGUCAUAUCUAAGGAGCGGCGCUAUCAUGGUUACAUGCAACAGCAGUUCUGUCAUCAUGAUAUGACAGGGAGAAUCUGA